AUGGUGGUCUCAGGCUGGUUGAGAGCGGCCUCUCCUGACAACAGUUCCUGGGAAAAUGGCUUGGAAGGCCAUAGAAUCCACAGUUUUGGGCUACACCCAUCCAGUGAGGAAUCGGUCCCAGCUGUUCUAACUAGGACACUGUCCGUCAUCGCUGCCAUCAUCGUCAUCAUCGGCCUUGUGGGAGUCGGUGUCUGGAAGCUCCGAUCCGGGAAGAGGGAGGGGAAUGGAUACGACCCCACACCCACCAGUGAGUCCCAGCAGCGUAUCACUUCUUUGAAUCACAAGUAUUUUAGAAAUCAUUUAGAAGACAGCCUUUCUUUGGGAAGGCCUCUCUUAGUAGAAGAUGUUGGAGAAGAGCUUGACCCAGCACUGGAUAAUGUUUUGGAAAGAAACAUCAUUAAAACAGGUUCAGCUAACAAGGUGAAAGUUGGUGAUAAGGAAGUAGAAGUUAUGGAUGGCUUCAGACUUUACAUUACUACAAAACUGUCAAAUCCGUGUUACUCUCCUGAAAUCAGUGCUCGAACCUCCAUAAUUGACUUUACUGUGACGAUGAAAGGUCUUGAAAAUCAACUCUUAGGCAGAGUCAUUCUCACAGAGAAACAGGAAUUAGAGAAAGAAAGAACUGAUCUUAUUGAAGAUGUGACUAUGAACAAAAGGAGGAUUAAGGACCUAGAAGAUAACCUUUUGUUCCGACUUACAAGCACUAAAAGUUCUCUGGCAGAUGAUGAGAGUCUACUAAUUGUAUUGACUGACACUAAGAAGACUGCUGAAGAAGUAACAGAGAAACUGCAAACUUCUGCUGAAACUGAAAUACAGAUCAACUCAGCCCGUGAAGAGUAUAGACCUGUUGCAACUCGAGGAAGCAUCUUGUACUUCCUUAUUACUGAGAUGAGCAUGGUCAAUGUCAUGUAUCAGACUUCGCUUCGGCAGUUUUUGUGGCUUUUUGACCGCUCCCUGGCCAGGUCUACCAAGAGCCCUAUAACCAGCAAGAGGAUUACUAAUAUUAUUGAAUAUAUGACAUAUGAAGUGUUCAAAUAUACUGCUCGAGGACUCUAUGAGGAGCAUAAAUUUCUCUUCACAUUAUUGCUUACUUUGAAGAUUGAUAUACAAAGAAACAGAGUGAAGCACGAAGAAUUUCUGACACUUAUUAAAGGUGGUGCUUCUCUAGACCUUAAAGCUUGUCCUCCUAAGCCAGCUAAAUGGAUUCUGGAUAUGACUUGGCUGAACUUGGUGGAGCUCAGUAAACUUGAACAAUUUUCAGAUAUUCUUGAUCAAAUUUCCAGUGAAGAGAAACAGUGGAAAAUCUGGUUUGAUAGUAAGAAUCCCGAAGAAGAAUUGGUUCCCAGUGGCUAUGGUCAAUCUCUGGACUGCUUCAGACAUCUUCUUCUUAUCAGAUCGUGGUGUCCUGACAGGACCAUAGCUCAGGCAAGAAAAUACAUCACUGAAACUAUGGGUGAGAAAUACGCAGAGGGAGUCAUCUUGGAUUUGGAGAAAACAUGGGAAGAGUCAGAUCCACGUACUCCCCUCAUUUGCUUUCUUUCCAUGGGCUCUGAUCCUACGGACUCAAUUACUGCUCUGGGAAAAAGACUAAAGACAGAAACGUGCUGUGUUUCCAUGGGCCAGGGACAAGAAAUCCAUGCUCGUAAACUUCUACAGCAGACAAUGGCUCAUGGAGGUUGGGCACUUCUGCAAAACUGCCACCUUGGACUUGACUUUUUGGAUGAGCUGAUGGACACUCUAAUAGAGACAGAGAAUGUCCAUGAAAGCUUUCGACUAUGGCUGACAACUGACAUUCACAAACGGUUCCCCAUCACCCUACUUCAAAUGUCUAUUAAGUUUACCAAUGAACCACCGCAAGGGCUCAGAGCUGGGCUAAAGAGAACAUAUGGUGGUGUCAACCAGGAUUUACUAGAUUCCAGUAAAAUGGUACAAUGGAAACCAAUGUUGUAUGCUGUAGCCUUUCUACACUCCACUGUUCAAGAAAGGCGCAAGUUUGGAUCUCUAGGUUGGAAUAUACCCUAUGAGUUUAAUCAAGCUGAUUUCAAUGCUACUGUGCGCUUCAUUCAGAACCACUUGAAUCGCAUGGAUACCAAGAAGGGGAUCUCCUGGAAUACUGUUUGUUACAUGAUAGGUGAGAUCCAGUAUGGUGGUCGUGUGACAGAUGACUAUGACAAAAGACUCAUGAACACCUUUGUAAAGGUUUGGUUCAAUGAAAAUACAUUUAAUCAGGAAUUCAGCUUCUACAAAGGAUACAGCAUACCUAAAUGUACUAUGGUGGAUCAAUACCUUCAGUACAUACAGAGCCUUCCUGCUUAUGACACACCCGAGGUGUUUGGUUUGCACCCCAAUGCAGAUAUCACUUACCAAAGUAAAGUUUCCAAAGAUGUAUUGGACACCAUCCUCAGUAUCCAGCCUAAAGAUAGCUCUGGUGGAGGAGGUGAAACUCGAGAGGCAGUUGUAGCCAGACUGGCUGAUGAUAUGCUGGAAAAGCUUCCUGCUGAUUAUGUGCCAUAUGAAGUAAAAGAAAAACUAAAGAACAUGGGACCUUUUCAGCCUAUGAACAUAUUUUUGCGACAGGAGAUUGAACAAAUGCAGAGAGUUAUUUCUUUAGUGAGAAGCACUCUGACUGAUCUAAAACUUGCCAUUGAUGGGACAAUCGUUAUGAGUGAAAAUUUGAGGGAUGCUUUAGACUGCAUGUAUGAUGGAAGGAUUCCUGCUAGCUGGAAAAAAGCAUCUUGGGCUUCCAGUACUCUUGGUUUCUGGUUUACUGAGCUUCUAGAAAGAAAUCACCAGUUUUACAAGUGGAUUUUUGAAAGUCGACCAAACUGUUUCUGGAUGGCAGGGUUUUUUAAUCCUCAGGGAUUUUUAACUGCAAUGAGGCAGGAAAUAACAAGGGCUAACAAAGGAUGGGCUCUUGACACUGUAGUGCUGUGCAAUGAAGUCACUAAAUGGAUGAAGGAUGAUAUCACAAGCCCUCCUUUGGAAGGUGUCUAUGUGUAUGGGCUGUAUUUGGAGGGAGCUGGCUGGGACAGAAGAAACAUGAGACUGACUGAAUCUAAGCCGAAGGUGCUUUUUGAGAUGAUGCCGGUUAUAAGGAUAUAUGCAGAGAAUAACACUGCAAAAGAUCCACAUUUGUAUUCAUGUCCAGUCUACAAAAAGACCAGUCGAACAGAUGUGAAUUACAUUGCUGCUAUAGAUCUUAAAACUCGUCAGCCUCCAGAGCACUGGGUACUGCGUGGAGUAGCACUUCUGUGUGAUGUCAAGUAACGUUAAAGAAAAAAAAAGUUUCCAAGAGUUCUUUUCUGUUUUUAAAUGUAAAGAUCAAUCUGUAGUUAGAUAUACAAUUGAACACUUCUAAAAGUAUUAUUUCUAAGGCACAGACUCCAUUAUGAUAGUUUUACAAAAUUGUUCUCAAUAAAACUCUACAAUAGGCUUAUAAAUGCUAAAUCUUAGAGUGAUAUUAUGUUUGAUGUCUUUGACAAAUCAUGACAAAUAUUUAGUGUUCCUGUCUCCUAAAUGUGCAUAAACAGUCCUCCUGUGUGCUUAAUUCUACCUUGAAUAAAGAUUAAUUGAUUUGAAUGUUGUUAA